UGUUCCACAUUAUCUAGUAUGGGUGGACUUAAUGAGGCAGUAACUUUUUUAGUGACCAAACAAGAAAGGAGUAGUUAGUCACCUACUGAAGCCACAGGAACAGCAACGCUGUCUCAGGCCCCAUCAGAACAGGAAAUAUGCCUAGAACAGGGCCAGUCAGGUGCAGCCUGCUGGGGGGUUUAAGAGGCUGCUUUUCUGGUGUCUUCUGUGCUGUGUACAGCUGGUAGAUAAGCACUUAAAGAGAUUUGUAAUAAAACUUGACUUUUAUGCAAUGUGCUCAUCUUGAGUUAAUAGAACUGUACAAUCAUUUUUUACUAUUGCAGGCUUUGUACACGCUUUAUGUUGAACUUUACCAUUUUAACACAUACAGUAUUUUUCUGUUUUCUGAAAGCUAAACUUUCAUACCUAGAUUGCGGAAAUCUCUGAGACUACCUCAUUUUAUAUCUUCUGUACAUUCAACUUAAUACAUGCAUCUGUUAAACUGCUUUCUGUACAGGAUUAAUUGUAUUCUGGAAUCUUGGCUUUGUUAUGGUUUUAGAUGCUGCACUCAGUUGGAACACCUUCCAAUAAAAAGACUUUGAGAACUUUGUUUCUACCCACUGUUUUACCUUCGUCAGUCACAUCUGAUAUGUCACCAUUACAGAAUAAACUACUGACAUACCGAAGAUGCAACGAACAGCAAAAGAUGCUUAAUCAGUUACUAAUUGAUAGAGCUUUAAAAGUUUGUCGUGUAUCAAUGGAAGAAAAAUAUCACAGAGAUCCUGUACCUACUAUCCCGGAACUGCCUUCCACUAUGAACAGUGAGCAAAAGCAACGAAGAACAAACUAUCUCUUUAUGAAGAAGUGCGUGCAAAGUAAUCCGGUGGUUCCCAUUCAGCAGCAGUGGCUAAUGUCCAUGCUCGCAUUGGUGCCACAGUCGCUUAUGGAAGGCAAAGAUAGACAGCUGCUAGCUGAGAAGCUUUUAGGGGAGAUAAUAAGGGAUUAUGAAAUGAGCAUGAGAAGAUGCAUGGUGCGAAGUGUUCUUAUUAAGCCAGAUGUAAAAGGACUUGAAGAUGAAGAGGAGGCACCUUUGCCUUUAUCACCUCUAGGCUUGGAUUUUUCUAGACCAUGGCAUAACAGUUUUAUCCAAGCGAAAAAUAAAAUCCUUUCCAACUUGCACAUUCUUCACCCCACAAUGAAAACUCUACUGGAUUUUGGUUAUGCAGCAUUCUCUACCUGUCUCAUAGUAGAUUUCUCAAGUUUCAGAUUGAAAGGGCCAGUUGACUGUGAAUCUUUAAAGACUGAUGUCUCUCUAAGCUGUUCUAAAGCAGAAGAGAAGAUACUGAACACAUGGUAUCAAAGAGUUAUCAGUCUCUUCAGUCAGAAGGCGGCAUUGAAUGGUGUAAAGUUGGAUCAGGUUGACUCUUUUUAUAACUGUGUGGCUAUGCUUAUGUCUAAUCAGCUGAAAGAAUUAUUGAGAAGAACAGUUGAAGCUUUCGUGAAACUUUUUGAUCCUGAAGACAGAAAUUGUCUACCUUUAUUUAAGAUGGAAUUGAUUCUUGAUGAAAAGAAAAUGGAGUUUUAUCCAAGCUUCCAAGACCUAGAAGAAGCAAUUCUGUUUAUAGUAAAUCGUAUAGGACAGACUCUCCAGAACAUCCAAACGGUACGUUCUUGGCUAAUGGGAGACACUACAACUCUGGACACUGAGCUUCCUAGUCAUGUCAUAGUAUGGGCCACAUCUACACUGAGAAAGUCUAUCAGAGACAACUUAGAAGGUCCAAAGGAAUAUUUUGAAAACUAUGUUGAAAGGUAUGGCUGGCUUGUAGAUGGAACUGCACAGGCACGGAUAGAAAGAUUUGAAGCAGAAGAACACAGUUUUAAUGAAUAUACUGCUUUCAUAGAUGAAUUCUUCACCCACAAGAAGGAAAUUUUGAGUUUACCAGAGGUGGCUCAUUUCCCUAUGAUCUGUUUGAAUUGUGAGGAUUUAAAGCAAGGUUUGGCUAGUAAGGCAGACACCUUUGCAAAAGUGCUAAUGGACAGAAUAGUUGCAAAUCACAGAGAGGAAAAUGAAAAGAUAUGCAGGGAAUUUGAAGCGAUUAAGGAACGUGCAUUAAAAGUUCCUGAGACAACAGAAGAAAUGGUGGAAACAAUAGCUUACAUAAAGAAGGUCAAAACCAAAGGUAUUCAGGAUCUGUUGUUAAGGAUCAAGGAGUCCUGUCAGCAAAUGAAUUACUUCUUAGAUGUUUUUUUAUUUGCUCCUGAAGACAUCGCACUGAAUGCAAAAGUUCUAUUAUGGCCAAAGAAGAUUAACCCUGUUUUUGAUGAGCAUGCUGAUCUGAUUGAACAGUCUAAACGUAAAGGAGAGCAAGAACUAAUACAUAAAUGUGAGAAACUGAUGGUGGAAUUAGACAAGCUGACACGUUCUGUGACAGAGUUUGAAGAAUACUCAGAACUGGACUGCAUGCAACAGUAUGUGGCUGACCUGAGGGCAUUACAGAAACGCAUACAGGAGGCUGAUGAAACAAUAGCUCUUAUUAAUAAAGAAGAGACUCUGCUCAAAUGGAAACUGAGUGACUUUCCACUCCUCAACAACUUAAAAGUUGAGAUUGAACCAUAUCAGAAACUCUUUCAUCUUAUACUGAAAUGGCAACGAACAGAAAAAAGAUGGAUGGAUGGUACCUUUUUGGAGCUAAAUGGGGAAAGAAUGGAGGCUGAGGUUGACGAGUUUUUGAGAGAGAUAUACAAAGUGUCAAGACUCUUCCAACAAAAGCAGAAGAAAAUUCAACAGGAGUGGAAAAAGACAUCACAACACAGAACUGCAGAAGAGAAGACAGAAGAAGAAACAAAGGCAAAUCCAACUCUUUCAAUGUGUUCUUCAGUUCUGGAGCAGAUGAAAGACUUUAAGGAGAACAUUCCCACCGUGACUAUCUUUUGUAACCCCGGCAUGAGAACUCGUCAUUGGCAGCAGUUGUCAAAUAUAGUAGGAUAUGAUUUAACACCAGACUCUGGAACUACCCUGAGGAAAGUUUUAAAGCAGAAUCUAGCCCCUUAUUUGGAAGAGUUUGAAGCUAUAAGUGUAGGUGCAAGCAAGGAAUUUUCCUUAGAGAAAUCAAUGCAUGCCAUGAUGGAAACCUGGGGUUCAAUUUCCUUCAAUACAAGUGUGUAUCGUGAGACUGGUAUUCAUAUUCUGUCUGCGGUGGAUGAGAUUCAAGCUGUUCUUGAUGAUCAGAUUAUGAAAACUCAGACAAUGAGAGGAUCACCUUUCAUUAAACCAUUUGAUAAAGAAAUCAGGGAAUGGGAAAAUCGCUUAAUUCAAAUUCAGGAGAUUAUCGAUGAAUGGCUGAAAGUGCAAGCACAGUGGCUUUAUUUGGAACCCAUUUUUUCUUCUGAGGAUAUUAUGCAACAGAUGCCAGAAGAGGGGCGACUCUUUCAGACUGUGGAUAGAUGCUGGAGAGAUAUUAUGAAGUAUUGUGCCAAAGACCCAAAGGUUCUUGUUGCUACUUCCUUGAUAGGGUUAUUGGAAAAGCUUCAGAACUGUAAUGAGCUUCUUGACAAAAUCAUGAAAGGGCUUAAUGCUUAUCUUGAGAAAAAACGUCUCUUCUUUCCCCGCUUCUUUUUCUUGUCCAAUGAUGAAAUGUUGGAGAUCCUGUCAGAGACUAAGGAUCCUCUCAGAGUUCAGCCUCACUUGAAGAAGUGUUUUGAAGGCAUUGCUAAGCUACACUUCCUUCCCAAUUUGGAUAUUAAAGCAAUGUAUAGUUCUGAAGGCGAGCGUGUAGAACUGAUUUCAACCAUUUCUACUUCUGAAGCUCGAGGUGCAGUGGAGAAGUGGUUAAUUCAAGUAGAAGAUACUAUGCUGAAGAGUAUACGCGAUGUUAUUGCUAGAUCAAGAAUGGCGUAUCUAGAGACUGAGAGAAAAAGAUGGGUUCUGGAGUGGCCUGGACAAGUAGUAUUGUGUGUGUCUCAAAUGUUCUGGACAAGUGAGGUACAUGAAGUUCUUUGCAGUGGACCACAGGGUUUAAAGGAUUAUUAUGAUACGCUUCAGCUUCAACUCAAUGAUAUUGUAGAGCUGGUAAGAGGAAAACUGUCGAAGCAAACAAGGACUACACUGGGUGCCUUGGUUACUAUUGAUGUUCAUGCUAGAGACAUCCUCAUGGAAAUGAUUGAAAAUGGCGUGCAGAGUGAAACAGACUUUCAGUGGCUUUCACAACUACGAUAUUAUUGGGAAUUUGAGAACGUUCGUGUCUGCGUUAUUAAUUGCAAUGUAAAAUAUGCCUAUGAAUACCUUGGAAACUCACCACGCCUUGUCAUUACUCCUCUUACAGACAGGUGUUACCGCACCUUGAUUGGAGCCUUUUAUUUAAACCUUGGUGGUGCCCCAGAGGGUCCAGCAGGGACAGGUAAAACAGAGACCACCAAAGAUUUAGCUAAAGCUCUUGCUGUUCAGUGUGUUGUCUUCAACUGCUCUGAUGGCCUUGAUUACCUGGCAAUGGGAAAGUUUUUCAAGGGUUUGGCUUCAUCAGGUGCAUGGGCAUGUUUUGAUGAAUUCAAUCGCAUUGAACUGGAAGUACUGUCUGUUGUGGCACAGCAGAUCCUUUGCAUCCAGAGAGCCAUACAGAUAAAGCUAGAAACAUUUAUUUUUGAAGGAACUGAACUGAAACUUAACCGCAACUGUUUUGUAGCUAUUACUAUGAAUCCAGGUUACGCAGGACGUUCUGAACUUCCAGAUAAUCUGAAGGUUCUUUUCCGAACAGUAGCCAUGAUGGUUCCUAACUAUGCUCUGAUAGCAGAAGUUUCGCUCUAUUCAUAUGGAUUUUUGAAUGCUAAGUCACUGUCAGUGAAGAUAGUAAUGACCUACAGGCUUUGUUCAGAACAGCUUUCCUCUCAGUAUCACUAUGACUAUGGUAUGCGAGCAGUUAAAGCUGUGUUGGUGGCUGCUGGGAAUCUAAAAUUGAAAUUUCCUACGGAAGAUGAAGAUAUAUUGCUUCUUAGAUCAAUUAAGGAUGUGAAUGAGCCCAAAUUUUUGUCACAUGAUAUACCUCUGUUCAUGGGUAUAACUAGUGAUUUAUUUCCUCGAAUCAAGCUUCCUGAUGCAGGCUACAAUGAUUUUCUGGAAUGUGCCAGUGAAUGUUGCAUUCGACAUAAUGUCCAACCUGUAAAAGCUUUUAUAGAGAAAAUGAUACAGACAUAUGAAAUGAUGAUUGUUAGACAUGGCUUUAUGCUGGUAGGGGAAUCUUUUUCUGGGAAGACCAAAGUUCUACAUGUGUUGGCAGAAACACUGUCUCUUAUGAAAGAGCGUGGUUAUGGUGAAGAAGAAAAAGUAAUUUUUAGAACUGUAAAUCCAAAAUCAAUCACUAUGGGUCAGCUUUUUGGGCAGUUUGAUAUGGUAUCCCAUGAGUGGACAGAUGGUAUAAUUGCUAAUACUUUCAGAGAAUUUGCAUUAUCUGAGACUCCUGAACGCAAAUGGGUUAUCUUUGAUGGCCCAAUUGACACUCUGUGGAUAGAAAGCAUGAACACAGUUCUGGAUGACAACAAAAAGCUUUGUUUGAUGAGUGGGGAAAUCAUCCAAAUGUCCCUUCAGAUGAAUCUUAUUUUUGAAACAAUGGAUCUUUCCCAGGCAUCACCUGCUACAGUCAGUCGUUGUGGUAUGAUUUAUUUGGAACCUUCUCAACUCGGCUGGAGGCCACUUGUUAUCUCUUGGUUGAGUAAACUGCCUGAACCUCUUAACUUAAAGGGACAUCAAGAUCUUCUGCAGGGACUUUUUGAUUGGUUAAUACCACCAGCAUUAAGAUUCCGUCAGAAACAGUGCAAGGAGCUGGUACCUACAAGCAAUACCAAUGUUGUAGUAGCUCUUACACGGCUUUUUGAAAUGUUGAUUUGUCAAACUGUGCAAGAAGAUCCCACCAACAGAAAUAUCCGUGCAUGGAUUAUGGGCUGCUUUGCUUUUGCCACAAUCUGGUCCAUUGGUGGAACUUGUGAUGGUGACAGCAGGAUAAUUUUUGAUAUUUUCUUGAGGGAAACUGUGGCUGGGAAAUCUGGAAUAAAUCCUGUACCAACAAGUGUGGGAAAAUGGGAGUGUCCCUUUGAAGAGAAAGGCUUGGUCUAUGACUACAUGUAUGAGCUGAAAGGCAGAGGAUGUUGGGUUCAUUGGAAUGGAUUUAUUAAAAAUAUUAAUUACAGUGAUAAAAAUGUGGAGAUUCAAGAUAUUAUAGUCCCAACUAUGGAUACAGUCCGAUAUACCUAUUUGAUAGAGCUAUUCGUUACCCAUGGGAAACCACUGCUUUUAGUGGGACCAACAGGUACUGGGAAAUCUGUGUAUGUCAAGGACAAGUUAAUGAACAACUUGGAAAAGGAGCGCUACUUUCCCUUCUUCAUUAAUUUUUCAGCUCGAACCAGUGCCAAUCAGACCCAGAACAUUAUUAUGGCCAGGCUGGACAAGAGGCGCAAAGGAGUCUUUGGCCCUCCAGUGGGAAAAAAGUGCAUUAUUUUUGUAGAUGAUAUGAAUAUGCCUGCUUUGGAGAAGUAUGGUGCACAGCCUCCUAUAGAACUUUUAAGACAGUUCUGUGACCAUGGAUUUUGGUAUGAUUUAAAGGACACAUCUAAAAUUACACUUGUUGAUGUACAGUUACUUGCUGCUAUGGGGCCUCCAGGCGGUGGGAGGAAUCCUGUUACUCCUCGAUUUUUGCGACACUUCAACAUUUGCGCUAUUAAUUCUUUUAGUGAUGAAACAAUGGUCCGCAUCUUCUCUACCGUAGUAGCUUUCUACCUAUGGACUAGUGAAUUUUCUGCUGAGCUCUUCACAACUGGAAAUCAAAUUGUCACUGCCACUUUAGAGGUGUACAAGAAAGCCAUCAAAAAUCUUUUGCCCACACCAGCCAAAUCUCAUUAUACAUUCAACCUGCGUGACUUUUCACGUGUUAUCCAUGGCUGCUUGCUCAUUAAGAGAAAAUCAAUUGAAAGCAAACAUGUAAUGAUUCGGCUGUUUGUACAUGAGGUAUUUCGGGUCUUCUAUGACCGUCUAGUGGAAGACAAUGAUAGAGCCUGGCUGUUCAAUUUAAUGAGAGAUAUCGUGAAAGAACAUUUCAAAGAAGCAUUUGAUUCAGUUUUUGCACACCUGAAGCAAGGAAACACACCUGUAACGGAAGAAAACAUGAGAAGUUUGUUUUUUGGUGACUACAUGAAUCCAGAACUUGAGGGAGAUGAAAGACUUUAUGUUGAAAUUCCAAGCAUUCAGCUGUUCAGUGAUGUUGUGGAGCAGUGUUUGGAUGAAUAUAAUCAGACCCACAAAACAAGAAUGAACCUUGUAGUUUUCAGGUAUGUGUUGGAACAUUUGUCUCGUAUAAGUCGUAUUCUGAAGCAGCCAGGGGGUAAUGCUUUGUUGGUUGGAAUGGGAGGAAGUGGACGUCAGUCUUUGACUCGUCUAGCAGCAUUCAUGGCAAAAAUGUGUGUUUUUCAACCAGAGAUUUCUAAGACCUAUGGUACAAAAGAGUGGAGAGAAGAUCUGAAAAGUCUUCUGAAGAAUGCUGGUGUAAAAGGCUUGAAAACUGUAUUUAUAAUCACAGAUUCACAAAUUAAAGAAGAAAGCUUUUUAGAAGAUGUUGACAGUGUCCUCAACACUGGGGAGGUACCCAAUCUUUUUGCAGCAGAUGAAAAACAAGAAAUUAUAGAGGGUGUUCGUGCAAUAGUUCAGGCUGGCAAUAAACAUGAAGAACUCAGUCCCUUGGCCUUGUUUGCAUUUUUUGUGAACCGUUGCAAAGAAAAUCUCCAUAUUGUGGUAGCAUUCAGCCCAAUUGGAGAUGCUUUCCGCAGUCGUCUGAGGCAGUUUCCCUCACUCAUCAACUGCUGUACUAUUGAUUGGUUCCAGCCGUGGCCUGAAGAUGCCCUUGAACGUGUGGCUAAUAAGUUCUUAGAAACACUUCAGCUCACAGACAGUGAGCGUCAGGAAGUUGUGCCAAUCUGUAAAUACUUUCAUACUUCAGUUUUGUCACUCUCUGUAAGGUUCUUGCAAAGUCUGGGACGCCAUAAUUAUGUUACUCCUGCUUCUUAUCUUGAGCUUAUUGCUGCGUUUCGGAAACUUCUUACUCAGAAACGAGACGCUGUAAUGAAAGCCAAGAAGAAAUAUGUGAAUGGACUAGAUAAACUAGCUUUUGCUGAAUCACAAGUUGGUGAGAUGAAACAAGAACUAGUUCAGCUGCAGCCCAAACUGGAAGAGGCUAAAUUUGAUAAUGCAAACAUGAUGAAGACUAUAGAAAUAGAAUCUGCAGAAGUAGAACAAAAAAGAAAAACUGUAAAAGUAGAUGAAGAAAUUGCUACAGAAAAAGCUGAAGAAGCUCAGACAUUGAAAAAUGAAUGUGAGAGUGACCUGGCAGAAGCAAUCCCAGCCCUGGAGGCUGCACUUGAUGCUCUUGACACUUUGAAGCCUUCUGAUAUAUCAAUUGUCAAAUCAAUGAAAAAUCCUCCGUCUGGUGUCAAACUUGUCAUGGCUGCUGUCUGUGUCAUGAAAGACGUAAAACCUGAGAAAAUUGCAGAUCCUUCAGGGACUGGAGGCAAGAUUUUGGAUUACUGGACUCCAAGCAAGAAACUGCUUGGUGACAUGAAUUUCUUAAAGGAUUUGAAAGAGUAUGACAAGGACAAUAUUCCAGCAGCUGUCAUGCAGAAGAUUCGGGCUGAGUACUUGACUAAUCCUGAGUUUGAUCCACAAAAGGUGGCUAAAGCUUCCUCAGCAGCAGAGGGUUUAUGUAAAUGGAUUAUGGCAAUGGAGGUGUAUGACAGGGUUGCAAAGGUGGUUGCACCCAAGAAAGAUCGUUUAAGAGAGGCACAGCAGUCCUUAGCAAAGACACUGACACUCUUGAAUCAGAAGAGAGAAGAACUUGCAGCAGUUGAAAAUCAUUUGGCUGCUUUGGAACAAACCUUCACUGAGAAAACUGAAGAAAAGGCUCGUUUAGAAUUCCAGGUUGAUCUGUGUGCUAAAAAACUAGAACGAGCAGAGAAGUUGAUUGGAGGCCUUGGUGGAGAGAAAUCAAGAUGGAAUAAUGCUGCAAAUGAUCUUCAAGACACAUAUGAUAAUUUGACAGGAGAUGUUCUGAUAUCAGCUGGUGUGAUAGCAUAUCUUGGAGCUUUUACUGCUGCAUUUCGACAAGAAUGUACCAAAGACUGGAGCAAACUGUGCAAGGAGAAAAAUAUCCCUUGUUCUGAGAAUUUCUCUUUAAGUAAGACUCUUGGUGACCCAAUAAAAAUAAGAGCCUGGAAUAUUGCUGGUUUGCCAACGGACAUAUUUUCUGUAGACAAUGGGGUCAUUGUUGACAAUUCAAGACGUUGGCCGUUAAUGAUUGAUCCUCAAGGUCAAGCAAAUAAAUGGAUCAAGAAUUUUGAGAAGGAAAACCGCCUGAAUGUUAUCAAGGUCAGUGACACAGAUUAUAUGAGAACCCUGGAGAACUGCAUUCAGUUUGGAACUCCACUUCUGCUAGAAAAUGUUGGAGAAGAACUAGACCCAUCACUUGAACCUGUGCUACUUAAACAGACUUUUAAACAAGGAGGCAUGGAGUGUAUCAGGCUUGGUGAGACCAUUAUUGAGUAUUCCAGUGAUUUCAAGUUUUUUAUUACCACAAAACUGAGAAAUCCACAUUAUAUGCCUGAACUUGCUACAAAAGUUUCUUUACUCAAUUUUAUGAUAACACCGGAGGGACUUGAAGACCAAUUGCUAGGUAUUGUCGUAGCAAAAGAGAGACCGGAAUUAGAAGAGGAAAGAAAUGCUCUCAUCCUUCAAUCUGCAGCCAAUAAAAAGCAUCUAAAAGAAAUUGAGAAGAAAAUUUUAGAAACCUUACAUUCAUCUGAAGGGAACAUUCUGGAAGAUGAGACUGCUAUUGAGGUCUUGGAUUCUGCUAAAAUAAUGGCUAAUGAGAUCACAAAAAAACAGCAGAUUGCAGAGAAAACAGAACUUAAAAUAGCCGAAUCUCGAGAAGGUUAUCGACCUAUUGCAAAGCGUUCAUCAGUGCUGUUCUUUAGUAUUGCGGACUUGGCAAACAUUGAUCCCAUGUACCAGUACUCCCUUAGCUGGUUUGUUAACCUCUUCAUCAACUCUAUUCAUGAUAGUAACAAAUCCAAAAUUUUGGAGAAGCGACUUCGAUAUCUAAAUGACCACUUUACAUACAAUUUGUAUUGCAAUGUGUGUCGUUCACUGUUUGAAAAGGACAAGCUGCUCUUCUCGUUUUUGCUAUGUUGUAAUCUUCUCAUGGCUAAAAAUGAAAUAGAACAUCAAGAGUUUAUGUUCCUACUAACUGGGGGUGUGGGUCUCAAGAAUAAGUAUAAGAAUCCAGAUCCAUCUUGGCUACCAGAUAAGAGCUGGGAUGAAUUAUGUCGUGCAAGUGAAAUCCCAGCUUUGAAAGGACUGAGGAGUCACAUCUCUGAAAAUAUAGGCGAAUGGCAAAAAAUUUAUGACAGCAAAGAGCCACAAAGCUUUCCGUUACCAGAACAAUUGAGUAAUACAUUAAAUGAAUUACAAAAGAUGAUAAUUCUUCGGUGCUUAAGACCAGACAAGAUUGGUCCAGCUAUAACAACAUUUGUAACUGAUAAACUGGGGAAGAAAUUUGUAGAGCCACCACCUUUUGAUCUAACAAGAAGUUACUUAGAUUCAAAUUCUACAAUCCCUUUACUAUUUGUGCUAUCUCCAGGAGCAGAUCCCAUGUCUAGCCUCCUGAAAUUUGCAAAUGACAGAGAGAUGGCUGGAAAUAAGUUUCAGUCCAUCUCAUUAGGACAAGGACAAGGACCUAUAGCUACAAAGAUGAUUCAAAAAGGAAUGGAAGAAGGAACCUGGGUUUGUUUACAAAAUUGUCAUUUAGCUGUCUCUUGGAUGCCAAUGCUGGAGAAAAUAUGUGAAGAGUUUAACAGUGAAAAAUGUCAUCCAGUCUUCAGACUUUGGCUUACUAGUUACCCUUCACCAAAGUUUCCAGUAAACAUUCUGCAGAAUGGAGUGAAGAUGACAAAUGAACCUCCUACUGGUCUCCGGUUAAACCUACUGCAGUCAUUUCUUUCAGAUCCUAUUUCUGAUCCUGCAUUCUUCUCUGGAUGCCCAGAAAAGGAGCUGGUGUGGGAGAAACUGCUCUUUGGAGUUUGUUUUUUCCAUGCUCUUGUUCAGGAGAGAAGAAAAUUUGGGCCUCUUGGUUGGAAUAUACCCUAUGGAUUUAAUGAAUCAGACUUGCGAAUCAGUAUCAGACAGCUGCAGUUAUUCAUAAAUGAAUAUAGCCAUGUUCCUUUUGAAGCUGUGUCUUACCUAACUGGUGAGUGCAACUAUGGAGGUCGAGUGACAGAUGACUGGGACAGACGUUUACUGCUGACAAUGCUGGAUGACUUCUACAAUCCAGAUAUAAUUGAAAAUCCUCGUUACACUUUUUCUCCCAGUGGCAACUAUUAUGCUCCACCAAAAGGCACAUAUGAGGACUACAUUGAGUUUAUUAAGAGUCUUCCCUUUAGUCAGCAACCAGAGGUAUUUGGUUUGCAUGAAAAUGUGGAUAUUUCGAAAGAUCUUCAGCAAACGAAGAUCCUCUUUGAAUCUCUGCUUUUAACACAAGGAGGAGGCACUCAGGGAACUUCUGGAGGUGGUGACAGCACUCUUUAUGAAAUUGCAGAUGAUAUUCUCAGCAAGCUUCCAAAUGAUUUUGACAUUGAAGGUUGCCUAAUUAAAUAUCCUGUGAGAUAUGAAGAAAGUAUGAACACUGUGUUGGUGCAAGAAAUGGAAAGAUUUAACAAUUUAAUCCAAACUAUUCGUAUUACACUAAUUAACCUGAAGAAAGCCAUUAAAGGACUGGUUGUUAUGGAUGCUGAACUGGAGGCUCUGUGUGGCAGUCUACUUAUUGGAAAAGUUCCUGAGAAUUGGGCGAAACGUUCAUACCCAAGUCUAAAACCAUUAGGGAGCUAUAUUCUAGAUUUUCUAGAAAGGCUGAAAUUUUUACAGGAUUGGUAUGAAUUAGGGAAGCCCACAGUUUUUUGGCUGUCAGGAUUCUAUUUUACUCAAGCUUUCUUAACUGGAGCUAUGCAAAACUAUGCUAGGAAGCACAGAAUCCCUAUUGACCUUCUGGGGUAUGAAUUUCAGGUUAUUCCUCAGGAUACUGCUGAUACUGCACCAGAAGAUGGUGUUUAUAUCCACGGAUUAUUUUUAGAUGGAGCUCGCUGGGACAGGACCAAGGGAAUGUUAGCUGAGCAGUAUCCCAAAUUGCUCUUUGAUAUGAUGCCAAUCAUUUGGAUAAAGCCAACUGCAAAAUCGGACAUCAAGAAAUCUAAUGCGUAUGUUUGCCCACUCUACAAGACGAGUGAGCGUAAAGGAGUCUUAUCUACUACUGGACAUUCUACUAACUUCGUCAUUGCUCUGAUGCUUAACACGGAUAAACCAGUCCAACACUGGAUCAAGCGAGGUGUUGCGUUGCUCUGCCAGCUGGAUGACUAACUUUGGACAGUUCAGAUUCAGAUUUCACAAGAUCCCAUUCUUGUCGUUGGCCUAUAGAGGAAGUAGAACAUCCUGUGUAAAAGAAACAUCUGGACUUUUUUGAUACUAAAAUAUUUUCUGAUCCUCAAUAUUUUGUCUUAAAUAAGUAUGUAUUAUUAUUAGCGUCUUUACAAUCUAUAGAAGAUACAGCUAGGAUUUUAGCCUUUGGUAAUAUUAUUGAUGGGUAAACAUCAAUUUUAUGCAUUACUUGAAUACCACAACAUAUAUCUUAAUGGAAAAUGAAAAUAGUCUGCACUUUCUGAGAGAAACAUUACAGGUAAUGAACUUGAAGCAUUAAGAGUGCUGAAUUAUGUGAGUGGAAAGCUAGUAGGUAGUAAGUUUUGGGAUUUCAGUCUGGAUUUCUAUAUAGCCUAUGUUCUGUCAAAGCAACAGUGAAGACUGCAGUUUGAGAAAUUGUUUAACUGUCUAUAGUAGGUACUUCUGGUGCCUUCAUUCCUCAGCAAAUUCAUCCUUUCAGGAUUUAAUUCAGAUAUUCUGAUUUUUGUAAGGUUUUUUUUCCAAAUAGUUUCUGUGAAGAAUAAAUGAUAAAACCUCCCU